GAGACUCCAAGCUUUAAACUGUCUGGCAUCAUCUUAGUUAUCUCCAUUGGUAUAUUACUAACAGUUGCAAAAGAGACAGAAUUUGAAUUUUGGGGAUUUGUACUUGUUAUGCUUGCUGCUGUUAUGUCUGGGUUCCGUUGGUGCAUGACUCAGAUCCUUCUGCAGAAAGAAGCCUAUGGGAUAAAAAAUCCGCUUACCUUGAUGAGCUAUGUAACUCUAGUAAUGGCAGGGGCAACUGCUCUUCUCUCUCUUGCAUUGGAUCCAUGGGGGGAAUUCAGGCAAAAUGAAUAUUUUAAUAGUCCAUGGCAUAUUACUCAGAGUUGUUUACUGAUGCUUUUAGGUGGCGCACUUGCUUUUCUUAUGGUCCUAACAGAGUAUGUUCUUGUCUCAGUAACUAGUGCCGUCACAGUUACAAUAGCUGGGGUUGUUAAGGAGGCUGUCACCAUAUUGGUUGCUGUCCUGUACUUUCAUGAUCAAUUUACUUGGUUGAAAGGACUUGGUCUCUUCACUAUCAUUGUUGGUGUUGGUUUAUUCAAUUGGUACAAAUAUUGGAAGCUUCAGAAGGGUGAAGCAGGUGAAGAGCAUGUGGGUGGGACCUUCAAAACAGAUUCGGCUACAAAUCCCUUGUGUAUAUUUUGAAGCUGAUUGGGUGGAGAGAAGAGAGAACAAAUCUCCCACAUAUAAUAAACAACAUUUUGUCUUUUAUUUUGCUUCAUUCAUUUGACAUUCUCUCUAAGAUAAUUCCACAGAGGCUGUUGUAUAUUACAGAACAACUUGCUAUUGUGUUAUAAUCUUGAAAUUUUGGUUAGACUGUGCACAAGUUAUUUUAAAUGCCGGAUGAAUAUUUACAUAUUCUUAUUGGCUAUCGAUUUUUUAAU